ACAACAGAGUCAAGUGCUCAUGUUUACCUGGUUUCCUUGGUGAUGGCUAUCACUUUUGCCAUAACCCUUGUGAAAUUGACAAUGGAGGUUGCCAUGGUGAUGCAGAUUGUGUAGUUCAGGACGGACACGUCGUGUGUGCUUGCCCAGUUACAAAAACCUGUUUUGACCUUUGCACUUAUAACAAUGGUGGCUGCCAUUCCAAUGCUGAGUGCAUGGAUAAAAGUGGAAGCGUAACUUGCUCUUGUUUACCUGGUUACCAUGGUGAUGGAUAUACAUGCAACACCCCCUGUGAGAUACUAAAUGGAGGAUGUCAUGUUAUGGCUACAUGCAGUUACAGCAAUAGCUCUGUUAACUGCAGUUGCAUUAGUAAUUACAUUGGAGAUGGCUAUAACUGUAAGUCAGUAUGCGAUAUUAAGAAUGGUGGUUGCCAUGCAGAUGCUAGUUGCCAGGCAACACCAGAUGGAGUCAAAUGCACUUGCUAUCCUGGGUACCGUGGAGAUGGAUAUAAGUGUAUGUCUCCUUGUGUGGUGUUUAAUGGUGGUUGUCAUAAAUAUGCCAAGUGCAGCAUAACAAAUGACUUCGUGUCAUGUGUUUGUUUACCUGGUUACUAUGGAAGUGGCUACAACUGUUACUCGCCAUGUGAAAUCAACAAUCACACUUGCCUACCUGAAGCAAAAUGUAGUUUUGAUCAGCAGAAACAAAGCUACAGGUGUAAAUGCCCAACAAAUCUGACUGGAGAUGGAGUAACCUACUGUGUGGAAGAUAAAUGUUUGCAACAGAAUGGGGGUUGCCCACCUGGGGCAUCUUGUUCAGUGGCAUUGAGUAUAGAUGGAGCCUUGACAACUGGACAUGUGCAGUGUACUUGUAAAGAUGACUUUGUUGGAAAUGGCACUAUCUGCAAUGGGGAUAUCCUGGACACAUUAAACAGACUGAAGGAGACACAGGCAUUUUACAAGGUCCUAUUAACUGCAUCAAGUACAUCACAAGAAUUACAGGAAAUGGUGAACUCCCUAAAAAAUGGAGUGGGUAAUACAACAGUAUUUGUACCUUAUCGCAUAUCAGAGGGAAACUUUAGCCAAAAGGCUCUGUCUACUGCUGCAAUAAGAAACCACUUUGUGACUGGAGCAGUGAAUUUGGAUGCUGACCAAUUUAACAAUACAACCCUAGUGUCUCUGAUCGGCCAGCAGCUGAAAGUACAGUUUAAGAAACAGGGUUUCUAUGUAGAUGGUAUUAGGGUGGUUGAGGCAAAUAUACCAGCAACCAAUGGGAUUAUACACAUAAUAAAACAACCACUAGAGCUGGCACAUAUUUCAACUCAAAAGGUUCCUGGAGGAGAGCUUCCUACUGCAGGAUCAAGUACCACACUGAUAGCAGAAUUAAUUGGAAUUAUUGUGGCAAGCAUACUAGUACUGGCAGUACUUGUUUUGGUGUACAAAUUCUGGUGGAAGAAAAGUGGAAAGGUGGACAUCUUAAUGAGAUUCAGAAAGGAAGGCGGUCUUUUCUUCGAGAGAUUUACCCACCUCAGCGAAGAGGAACCUCAGACUUCCAGCAGCCAUGUUGGUGAAAACUUUGAUAACCCACUUUAUGAUGCAGAGACACAGCAAAUGGUGCUGCAGUAAAAACUUUCUCAAAAUAGAAAGUGAAUGUUGCAUCAAAAUAUGUGAAAAUGACUCACAAAUGUGAAAGAUAUCAUGAAGAUACUUAUCUGUUUGUUAAUUGUUUUGAAUUGUAGUUGGAGAAGUUUCGGCAUUUAUUUACAAACCAUGUUGACAAGAUUUUUGCACAGACAAAUGAAUCGCUGUACUUAUAAGACAGUAUACACGUCAUCUUCUCUCAACUUUGUA